AUGCCCGCGAUGAAAGCGCUCUCUGGCAUGCUCACGGGCUUUCUGCCCGUUGGCAUACCGUUUUCGCCAACGGUCGUAUCGCCAGCGACCUUGCAGCAAUCAUCGGGAGACACACCAGAGAACAUGCCGUCGAACUCACCUUCGCUACAUCAGGGGAGAAACCCUGUAUCAACGUCCAACUUAGGAUGCGAGGGGAUUAGCUGUUCCUCUCCUUCGGGGACGGUGCCGACCGCUCUGGAGUGCCAUGUGAAAAGGCAAGCGAUCCUUUCGAAGCAGACUCCUUAUGAGAGGAGGCGGUCUGGAUUCUCCCCAGGAGAUACGGGGAUUCUUCUGGGUCAAAGAGACUUCAACGCAACUUUAAGCAGGCCUGGCGUAAGAAGGUUUGCUUCGGUCCGUCAACCUACCCGUGAAGAGCAACCACUAGCAAAAGCAAGUUCGGGCCUAGGCAACAAAGCAUGGGGAAAAAUAUGCAGUUGGGGCAAAAUUACCUUUGGAAGGGGCAAAAGCAGCGACGGAAAAAAAACAAAUGAGGAAGGCGGCCCAACGGGUCGAUGUUACACCGACGAGCUAGCCCAAGAUGCUACUCAAGGCCGGGGGACAGGCCGCGAGCCGGCUGAGGCUCCGGGGUCUCGGCUAAAGUCUAAAGAGGCGCGGAGGGGCGUUCCUCCCCCAUCUGAAAGCCGUGACCAAGCAAAAGGCGUUUAA